AACAUGACCAUUCUGACACUUGACAGUACAAUGUUUGGUAUCGCUUCAGGUAGUGCUAGUUUCAGCUGUAGAUACUGGGUCAAUGGACUGCUGCUUGUUACUGCUGACUAUGAAUGUCGCUGCCUGAUGCUGUGAACAAAAUAAAUUUAGUUGAUGCUCGUUGUAAUCCCACCUCCGCCUUGGAUAUACAUGGCGUAUUGUACACGAACUCACGAGCGGAGCAGCAACAAUCACCAGAUGCCCACUGAUGGAGAUGAAGAUCUACCAAUAGUCAAUACCACGAAGUGCAAGACAGUCCAAUCGAUCACUGUCGUCAGGCUCUACAGGUGCCAUCGUUCUUUUGCUGUGCAGUAGCAUCUCGAAUUCCGAUUCCGGUAUGGCUUCCAUGCCGCGAGCCAAGGAGCUCCAAGUACUAGUUGACCUUCAGAAAAGCCCGUCGACACACUUGAAGGCUAACCUGUGCAGCAAGCAGCUGAAGUACAUUCCCGGUCACGUCGGUGUGUUGCGCAACCUGGACACGCUGCUGUUGAGGAAGAACUGUCUGGAUGCAUUGCCGGAGGAAAUAGCUGAUUUACCCAUUCUCAAAGUUCUGGAUGUUGGCCACAACCAGUUUGAGGAAAUACCACCGUGUUUAGCUAACUGUCCACAUCUGACAACACUGCGGAUCAAUGACAACGUGCUCAGAUGCCUAGACAGUGGUAUAUUAGGGAAGCUGCGUCAUCUGACAGUCCUCAACGCGAGCGGCUGUGCUCUGUCUGAACUGCCAGCUGCCAUUAGCCAGCUCACCAACCUGACCGAACUUGCUGUUUCAAGGAAUGACCUGUGCAGUUUGCCAAGACAGAUUGGUGAUCUCCAGUCGUUGCGAUCCUUACUAGCCAACACAAACAGACUUUGCAGGCUGCCGGGCAGUAUUGGAAAUUUGAACAAUCUACGUGUUCUGGACGUGGCCAAUAACCAACUUGUUGCCAUACCGCGGACGAUCGGAAAAUGCCAAUAUCUCAGGGAUCUUGACACGAGAGUGAACCGCAUAGGGGUGUUCCCUUCAGAGAUGGUGAACCUGAAGUUGGAGAAGUUUGACUGUUCAUUAAAUCCUCUGAUAAAAAAGAUUCCCCUUCCCAUGGCGAAUAUGGAUGAGGUCUUUCCACUGAAGGAGCUGUGUGCACGCCGGGUCUUGGAAGAUGUACCUACACUGAAACGUGCGUCUCACUUCAUCAAAACCAAAGAUCCAAUUCUGUACCAAGCGCUGGCAGCGGCAUCUGAAUGCAGCGUGUGCCAGCGGAACUUCCUCUCCAUCUGCAUAGAGUGUGUGAUGUUUGUCUCCAUAAAGAAGGUGUUCCCAGAGACUCGCAAAUCUGGACAGAUACCCAUGCAGGCUCUGCUUUGCUCACACAAGUGCUUCCAGGAACAGCGCUCGGAAAACCAAUACUAUGGGCUGCUACAACUGCCACCGCCGAUAUGACCCCUAGAAGCAGAGAGACCUGGCGAUAGAAUAUGUUCGUGGACACACAAUGCAUGUAUGUUUUGAGAACCGCUCAGUUCAACGUGUUGUUUCUGCUUCUGCUUCUGAAAGAGGCAAGGAGUGAGUGGCAAUGGUCAGAGCACAUGGCAAGUCAUCCUCAUGCAUGUGUUAUUAGUAGAGACUCGCCGGUAUGCUCAGUUGCGCCCGCACUGUUUGUUAUAUGCAUUCCGGUAGCUGCAAGCCAACACACGAAAUCACAGUUGAGUCGAGAUAGUGCAUCAUCGGGAGAGGUCUCCUUGACUAACGAACACUAACACAGCCUUAUUUUUUGUUAAAACCCACUCUAAUAUGUGAUUAAAAAGAAGGAUUGGCCACAUGCCACUGUGCCAUGUCUGUACUUCUGUACGUUGCUUUGCUUUUGGAUCUCAGCAAAGUUUAUUUCCGAUGAUGAUACACACUAAUUCCGAAAAUAUCGGCAAGAAAAAGAACAAUUUUUCUCCACCACAAUCAUUAGGAUUCGAGAAAUGUUUCCACGAA